UCUUACAAAUUCCAUCUCCCUCUUGUGAAAUUAUCCCCAAAUCAAAACAAAUUUCUCAAAUCUGAAAAUGGCAGCCUCGACGGCGGUGCUCAAGGACGAGCUGGACAUCGUGAUCCCGACGAUCAGAAACCUGGAUUUCCUGGAGAUGUGGCGGCCGUUUUUCCAGCCGUAUCAUCUGAUCAUUGUGCAGGACGGCGAUCCAUCGAAGACGAUAAAAGUGCCCGAGGGCUUCGAUUACGAGCUCUACAAUAGGAACGAUAUCAAUAAGAUUCUAGGCCCCAAGGCCAGCUGCAUUUCCUUCAAGGAUUCCGCUUGCCGCUGCUUCGGCUACAUGGUUUCGAAGAAGAAGUACAUUUUCACCAUUGAUGACGAUUGCUUCGUUGCCAAAAAUCCAUCUGGCGAGGACAUCAACGCACUCGAGCAGCACAUCAAGAACCUGCUGUCACCAUCGUCUCCGUUUUUCUUCAACACCCUUUAUGAUCCCUACCGUGAGGGUGCAGACUUUGUCCGGGGGUACCCCUUCAGUCUCCGUGAAGGUGUGUCAACUGCCGUGUCUCACGGUCUUUGGCUCAACAUCCCUGACUACGACGCGCCCACUCAACUUGUCAAGCCACGCGAGAGGAACACCAGGUAUGUUGAUGCAGUCAUGACAAUUCCAAAGGGAACUCUGUUCCCAAUGUGUGGGAUGAACCUAGCUUUUGACCGUGAGUUGAUUGGCCCGGCAAUGUACUUCGGACUAAUGGGAGACGGCCAGCCCAUCGGGCGCUAUGACGACAUGUGGGCUGGUUGGUGCAUUAAGGUGAUCUGCGACCACUUAGGCUGGGGCGUGAAGACCGGGUUGCCAUACAUCUGGCACAGCAAGGCCAGCAAUCCGUUUGUGAAUCUCCAGAAGGAAUACAAGGGCAUCUACUGGCAGGAAGAGCUGAUCCCGUUCUUCCAAUCCGUCGUCCUCCCAAAGGAAUGCACCACCGUGCAGAAAUGCUACAUCGAGAUCUCCAAGCAGGUGAAGGCGAAGCUGGGGAAGGUGGACGACUACUUCAUAAAGCUGGCAGGUGCAAUGGUGACCUGGAUCGAAGCAUGGGACGAGCUCAACCCGCUGGGAACCACCGGCCGCCUCCCCAACGGCACAGCCAAGUAGUAAAGGGAGUUUGAUUCAUCCGUAAUAAUUUUAUAGUCUAGCACCGGAAUAGUCCUCUUUGUUCAAGUUGUUGAUGUUGACAAAUUGGACAAGUUCGUCUUCUGCGACAUACUUCUUAUUUAGCUAAUUGUUUGAGUUGAGAACCACACUAGUUGUAAUAUUUCUAUUUACUUUUGUUUUUAUGAGCGUUACUACAUUAAAAAUUCAA